AUGUCGAAGAGUCCGCAGUCGCUUAGGCGUAUACGGGUAUUGACAGCGCUACGCGAGCACUGGGAUGAGGCAAACGCUCGCGUGCUACAACGCAAGGCGCAACUGGACGCGAUGUUGGGUGACUCGCAGCGCUACGAGGCAAGACGACGGGACGCAGACGCGUGGCUGUCUCGUAUGGAGGCACGCCUCGCCGCCAUGCAGCCUCCAGCCAAUACCGCUGAUGUCCUAGAAAUGCAACUGCGUGAACAGAAGUCAUUCCACGCAGAAGUUCAUCAGUACAAACACCAGAUCGAGCUGUUUGGCCAACUGACUCAGCGACUGAUCGCCGUGUAUCGCAAUGAUGAUACCACACGCAUCAAGCGCUCCACAGAGGCCAUUAACCAUAGAUAUAAUGAGCUCAAUAAUAGUAUUGUAGCUCGCGGUAAAGCACUGCACUCAGCAGUGUCAUCGCUGCAGAACUUCGAUCGUUCGUUGGAGAACUUCGUCGCAUGGCUGAGUGAAGCAGAGUCGCUGCUGGAUGCUGCUGAGCGAGAUCCGCAUCUGUUAAAGGUAAGUGAUGAUAUUGUAAUUCGCACUGGUGAGUAA